AUGGCCUUUCUUUUUGGCCGAGGCCGUAGUCGGCCCAAUACGACCGAGCUGCCCAAGCAGGCGAACGAGCUCCUUCAGAAGCUCGAGGGGCCUCCCGCAAAUGCCAAGAUCGAUGACCUAUCCAAGAUUCUCAGUCAGAUGAAGCUCAUCCUCCAGGGGACACAUGAAUCGGAGAGCAGCCCCGAGCAGAUCUUCCAGCUGGUCAAUGGCGUCCUGGAGGAGGAUAUGCUAUACUUCUUGGCGAUCAAUCUCCACAAGCUACCCUUCGAGUCCCGCAAAGAUGCGCAGGUCAUCUUCUCUUACAUCUUUCGGUUCCGGCCCCCGACCGCCUCUAACAACAGCGAGCCGAUGGCACUGGAGUACGUCGUGACCAAGAGACCGCAGGUACUGGUGGAACUGUGCCGGGGAUAUGAUCACAAGGAGAGCGCAACGCCGGCCGGAUCGGUGCUACGCGAAGUCCUUAAGAACCAGUCGGCGGCCGCGAUCAUACUGUACGAUGACGGAGACGAGCCGGGAUCGAGUGCGCAGGGGAUCGACUAUAUCAACGUCAACCGGCAGCAGACUGGCAAUGGCAUUCUCUGGCGGUUCUUCGACUGGAUCGACAAGAGCUCGUUUGAGGUGGCCGCCGACGCCUUUACUACGUUCAGGGAACUAUUGACAAAGCACAAGGACAUUGUACCAAAAUACCUCUCUACCAACUUUGACGCGUUCUUUGAGAGAUACAACACGACGCUUGUGCAAUCCAACAGCUACGUUACCAAGAGGCAGUCUAUCAAACUGCUCGGGGAAAUCCUGCUGGAUCGGUCCAACUACAACGUCAUGACGGCAUACGUUGACCGGGGUGAGCAUCUCAAGAUCUGCAUGAACCUGCUGCGCGACGACCGCAAGAUGGUGCAGUACGAGGGCUUCCACGUCUUCAAGGUCUUUGUCGCCAACCCGCACAAGUCGGUUGCCGUGCAAAAGAUCCUCCUCAUGAACCGGGAGAAGCUGCUCACCUUCCUGUCCCACUUCCUGGAAGACCGGACCGACGACGAGCAGUUUAUCGACGAGAGAGAGUUCCUGAUCAAGCAAAUCCGGAACAUGCCCUCUACCCCGGUGCCGCCCCAGCGAUAA